AUGGGAGUCAAAAAGCUAAGCACCUUUAUUGAAAGUCACUACAAGUGGGAACAAAUUAAUUUGUUUGGUAGAAAGCUAGUCAUUGACGGUUUCGCACUCUGUUUCUCUCUCUAUUUUGCCUUCUACUCCAGUACGUGGUUCUUUGGAGGAGACUACCACGAGUACUAUUUCACUGUAUGCAGGUUUUUUGAUGACCUGAGGCGUAACAACAUUGAUGUUUAUGUUGUCAUGGAUGGCAUUGAUAUUAAUCAGACAAAAGUGGCUACAAUUCGACAAAGAAUCAUUGCGAGAAAUAGAAUUAUCGUCAAGUUAGAGCCAAAAAGAGAGAGUGUGGCACCAUUGUUUCUAAUUCACGUAUUCUUGGAUGCAUUACGAGAAAUGAGGCUCGAGUUCUACGUGGCCGACGGUGAAGCUGACAGGGAUAUAACGUCCCUAGCUAAUCAUUUCAAGUGCCCUGUAUUAAGUAAGGAUUCUGACUUUUACGUCUUCAACUUGGAAGGUGGAUUCAUCCCAUUAACGAAAGAUAGUCGCAACAAUUUGACGAAAGGGAUACCGGUAAAUAUUUUCAAAUACCGAAAAUUCAACAAGCAGUUUUCUCUUAAGGACGCUGAUCUUACACUCUUUUUUCCUUUCUUUCUUGGGAAUGAUUUUCAUAGGUCACCAAUACCAAUGGAGCGGCUUGGUUUCAACACAAAACCUGAGGUCAGUGAUGUUAUAACUUAUAUUCGACAAUUUCGUUCCCUUGACAAAGUUUUAGCUGACCUACUAGAAAAUCGUUUUUAUUGCCUUGAAAAACGGUUUAAAAUGGGUGUACAACACUACUAUCGUAGGAUUCAAGUUGCUUCAUUUGAAGACCUCAAGAAACCAGUUUUCUCGCAUUGGAACCGAAACGUGGUCGAAGAUAUGACACAAGAGAGUGCUUGGGAAUUCACACGAGACAUCAGGGAAGUGAUAAUGGCCAUCUUAACUCCAAAUGAUGGUACCCAGACAGUGAACGAUCGAGAUGCUGGUAUAGAGAAAGGUUUUGUUAGAGCAACGGUGAUGACCCACUCUGAUGUCAAAGCACUGGCUAUUGAAAGUUCAAACACAGUUAAAGAGGAAAGCGACUCGGAAUCAUAUUCCGAGAAUGAACUGGAGGAUAGUUCAAUCUCAGAGGAUGACGACAUGGCAGAGGAUUCUGAUAUUGAGGCUAAUAAUGAUGAUGUAGUGGCAAAUUUGGACACUGAAACAGAUAAAAAUUGUGGAACUCGCAUAGCGGAAGUUGUACGAGCUCCUGGUAAAUAUACGAUUGACCGGCAAGAUAUCUAUUUCAAGCGAGGACCAAUUCAUAACAUGAUUGACUACACUCUCGUAUGGAAAAAACCCGACAGGAGAAGAACAGCUCUACUAAUGAUUGUGGAUUGCUACGAGAUCAAGGAUCAACUCGAGUUUGUGCCUGAAGAGCUCCACUUAGUUGUGAUAGCUACUCAUUAUUGGAUCAAGAAAAAGCAAGAGUACAUCAUGUAUCUAGAGCCUUUGAUUUACUGUGUCUUUAAGUGCAAAGGUCAUUUAGGAAGAAAUAAAUUGAAUUCUAGAGCUACUCGGAAUCUUCGACCAUUGGCUCACAUUUUUGCUCACUGGCAAUGCUCUCUUCAUCACAUGAUAGCACUGAAUCAAGUGCUCAACCAGCCUUAUCAGUACACAAGUCCUGCACGCCUUUUCUCUGGUAGUAUUCUUCACUACUACCUAAAUCAGCUUCAAAGCCAACGAACAAUUGCACUGUCUCGAGAAGCUCAACGAUUGUAUGACAUCUGUGUCCGUGUAAUCAGAAUGAUAUAGAUCCACCCUUAACCAGUCACAAAACUUAACUUCAAUUGUUCAUGUAUAAUUUUAGAAAUUUCUUCUACGUUUCCAUUGAGCUAUAACCGUACAUUCAAAUUACAAA